AUGGAUUUCUCUCUGCUUGAAAACAGUCUAUACAACACCAUACUGGUUCUACCAGAUGGUACACCUGCUUACCACGUCGAUACGCCAUUCAAACUGUUCGGAUCUACGACAACGAUUAAGAAAAUCACUGGCGCUACUUCGAGUGAUAUGGCCGUCAUACAACUCAAUGGAUGGGACGCAAGUGUCGUACAAGUAUGGGGUCGCGAUGUAUGCCCUCAACGAAUGGGGAUAUUCUCAGCGUCCGAAUCAUGGGUCGGUGCAGACGGCCAGCCAUAUAAAUGGAAACAGGACAUGGGGGAUAUAUAUCUCGUCAAAAACGACGGAUCCCAUACGCUUGUUGCGACCUAUGAUAGAGGAUCAAUUGGGAUAUUUUCCAAAGCGAGACCACCGAAGUUGACCAUCAAUCCAGACGGUCUUGCAAUAGCCGACGAGAUUGUGGCGACCUUCAUUUACGUGGCACAGAAACGCGAGAGACGGAGGAGACGGAACGCGUAA